CGUGCGCACCCCGCGGAGCGCCCCGCGGAAGAUGGCGUACAUCCAGUUGGAACCAAUAAAUGAGGGUCUGCUCGCUAGAAUCUCGGAUCUCUUGCUGUGCCGGUGGACUUGUAGAAAUUGUUGUCAGAAGUGUUUCGACUGUAGCUGUUGUCAAACAAAUGAAGAUGAAGUUGAAAUCCUGGGACCUUUUCCUGCUCAAACUCCAGCCUGGCUGAUAAGCAGCCAAAAUGAGGACAAAGAUGGGGACUCUGAUAAUACAAUCAGUGAGCUGCCUCCCACUCUUCAGGAUGUUUCCCCUGACAGAAGGCGGUCGUCUUCAGAUGCAUCACGGUCCACUUACAGCCUCACGAGACGGAUUUCAAAUUUAGAGUCGAGGAGGCCAAGCUCUCCAUUAAUUGACAUUAAACCUAUCGAGUUUGGGAUAAUAGGAGCUAAGAAAGAAAUAGUUCAGCCAACAAUCCUGCGGAAAACCUACACCCCAGAUGACUAUUUUAGGAAAUUUGAACCAAGACUCUACUCUCUUGACUCGAAUAGCGAUGAUAUGGACUCCUUGACAGACGAGGAGAUCUUAUCGAAGUACCAGCUGGGCAUGCUUCAUUUUAGCACACAGUAUGAUCUGUUGCAUAACUACCUAAUAGUGCGAGUCAUUGAGGCUAAAGAUCUGCCUCCUCCAAUUUCUUAUGAUGGUUCAAGGCAAGACAUGGCUCACUCCAACCCCUACGUGAAGAUCUGCCUUCUUCCUGAUCAGAAGAACUCCAAGCAGACCGGAGUGAAGCGCAAAACACAGAACCCGGUGUUUGAAGAGAGGUACACAUUUGAAAUCCCCUUUUUAGAAGCCCAGAGAAGAACUCUGCUUUUAACUGUAGUGGAUUUUGACAAAUUCUCUCGCCAUUGUGUUAUUGGCAAAGUGUCAAUGCCCUUGAGCGAUGUAGACCUUGUGAAAGGCGGACACUGGUGGAAAGCCCUUGUGCCUAGUUCUCAGAAUGAAGUGGAGCUGGGAGAGCUGCUGUUGUCGCUGAACUACCUACCCAGUGCGGGAAGACUGAACGUGGACAUCAUUAGAGCAAAACAGCUUCUUCAGACAGACAUGAGCCAAGGUUCAGAUCCCUUUGUGAAAAUUCAGCUUGUUCAUGGAUUAAAACUAACAAAAACCAAGAAGACCUCCUGCAUGCGGGGGACAAUAGAUCCCUUCUACAAUGAGUCCUUCAGCUUCAAGGUUCCACAGGAAGAACUGGAGAAUGCCAGCCUAGUGUUCACAGUGUAUGGGCACAACGUGAAGAGCAGCAACGACUUCAUCGGGAGGAUCGUGAUCGGGCAGUACUCAACAGGGGCCCCUGAGUCCAACCACUGGCGCCGGAUGCUCAAUGCGCACCGGACGGCUGUGGAGCAGUGGCACAGCCUGCGGUCCCGGGAGGAGUGUGACCGCGUGUCUCCAGCAUCCCUGGAGGUGACAUGAGGUGGGGACUAACAGCACCCAGGCCAAGCAGGUGGACAAGACACAUGAAUAAACCACCAACCGAACCACCCCACCUCACUACACGCACCCCAUGGCAGCUCUGUUGGAUUGAAGUGGCUGCCGGCACCCAACCGGCCAUGCUGGCCUCUGUGAACCAUGUCCCACUGAGUCCUGGCUGUUGCCCUGGGACCACCGGUGUCCCUCCUGGCUGGACCUCUUGCAGCUUGCACCCGGCACCACUCGGCUCUUCGCAUCCCAUAUGGCGGAGUGUGGCCAGGCUGUGCGUGGAGGUGCUGCAGCAAGUGCUGAGCGGGUGGAGGAGUUGGGAGUUGCCUCCGCUGUCCUUGCAGUCCAAAUCCAUGGCUCAUCCUCUCGGAGAUAUAAGUACCUGUGUGCUCUCGUUGGUGAACGUGGUAAUUAGGCUAGACUAUUUUUUUAAGCAGUAGAACCUGUGGUGAAAUUGAUUCUGACUCCAGUUUUGUCCUUGUUCUAGUUUAACAGAAUUAAGCUCCUGUUAGUAUGUACAUGUGUGUGC